AUGGAGGAGAACGGGUCGAAGGAAGCAAAUAUCGAAGCUUGGCAAGCUCCCAGAAAAGCUCGCUCGUCGGUACAUAAGUACAUUCACGAAAACGAUUUUGUUCAUUGCGACUUGAAACCACGAAACAUUCUUGUAUUCGAGAAUGGCAACAUUAAGAUAUCCGAUUUCGGUCUUGCAGAAGAGAUAGGAGUUGAACAAGGUGAAAAGAAACACAAAGGAACUCCAAUUUUUAUGUCACCGGAAUCUGUGAUGGACGUUGUGUAUGAAUCUCCCGUAGAUAUUUGGGCUCUCGGUUGCACAGUCGUGGAGAUUCUUACCAGAGAAGCCGCAUGGAACAUGGGUUACGACCCGAACUUGUUGGAUAGAAUUGUAGUUAGAAAAUAA